AGGUUGUCGGUAAGAAGAUUCCCCGUUGCCAGGUUGAAAUAAUGGAAGGUCCCGUGGAAACAGUCUGUCGUCCUGAAGUUUCCCUCUUGGUUACAUCGAGCUACGAUUGAACCGCAAAUACGUCGAGGAAACAUGUGCAGAUGUUGCGGACUACUAUCGAGUGGAUGACAGGCUCGUCGAGGAUGGACUCGAGCAAGAGACCGGGGACGGUUAGUAGCACUGUCGCGCAGUCCGAGAGUUCAGACUCCAUAGAGGUGGACAAUUCACGUACAGUUUUGCUAAAGAUAGCGACGCUGUAUGCGGAGCGUCUUAUGAACGACAUUUGUCUUGUUGUGGAUGGCGUGGAAUAUCCGGCGCAUCGACUCAUACUCUGUGCUUCUAGCGAUGUUUUCCAAGUGAUGCUGAUGAGUCCGCAGUGGAGCGAGUCUCAGGAAAGCAGGGUGACUCUCCAAGAGACGCCGCAGUGCGCGCCGAUAUUCAGCGAGUUUUUGCGCUAUUUUUACACCGGCCAGAUAAGGAUUAACCAUAGCGUCGUUUUACCGAUUUUGUCCCUCGCCGAUAAGUACAACGUCAAAGAUUUGAUAUCGCUGUGCCUUGACUACAUGCGAAAUCAUGUCGCGCUGGCUGCUAUACACGGCACUCUGGUAUCGUGGCUGCAGUACACGCUGAAUUGUGGGCAUCACGACAUUAGCCAAGCGUGCCAGAACUUCAUCAAGUGGAAUUUGGAGCUUGUGGCCAAGACUGCGGACUUUGGGAAUUUCGAUCUAGAUAUCCUAGUGUCCUUGCUGCAUCAAAGUAACUUAGUUGUAAAAGAUGAGAUGACGCUCUACAAGUGCCUAGAAUAUUGGCUGAGGUAUCAGGCGGGACGUUUGAGAGCGCAGCUGUCGCCGGACGAGUUGGAGGCGACGUUGCAUCAGCUGGUGAUAGCAGUGAUGUCGCCCGUUAGAUUCCCGAUGAUGUCACCGCGACAGCUGGCGGAUUUACUGCUCUCGCCGUUAACGAAGAAGUACAAGGAAUUCUUCGUGGAACGUAUGUCGAUUGGCAUGUCCUUUCAUUCAGGUCAAAUUGACAGAGUGAGAGAAGUCAGCAUGAGCGAAGAGGAUGGUGCGUUGCUGUUUGAACCGAGACUGUACACAGUCGACACAUGUAGCUCGUUAUUGACUAUAGAGAACUUUCACAGUUUGCCAUCUUAUCACAUGAGGACACUUGUAUUUUCUAGUCACUCCAGUUUAGCUGAAUAUGCGGGGGAUAGGGUGUGCGAGUGGGUAGUAGACAUUUAUCCUAAGGGUGUGUGGUUCAAAAAGUUUUUCCUCAUAGUCUGGCAGGGCACGGUGGAGAUGCCCGAGCACGUCAAGCGAUCGGUGAGAUUGUCGUUGACCUGCAAGGAGCCGUUGAAUAGUGACAUGCGUGUGAAAAUUGGAGUUUUAAUUUAUGGCUUGCAAGACGGCGUCGAGCACAUUGCGAGAGUUACCGAGAUUAUUCAUAGAUUCAGUAAGAAGGAUCGCGUCUUGAAUUUGGACGAUCUCCUGCCAUUCGAGGAGCUCAAUCCACAACAGGGUUCGGUAUCGGAAAAUGUCGUAUCUCCAUUUUUAGUGGGCCCCAACAAAGACAUGCUCAAAUUACAUAUUGUUAUAUCGCCAGCGAAUUAACAUUUACAAAGGAAAUCUGCGAUGCGAAAGCGUUGCUGAGAGUGUCGGGAAAUCAAUGUUAAUAAUGAUUAUUUUUUUAUUGGUUUAUCCUACGUUUUCACAGGAAAUUCAAUAAGAGUAUAUGAAUGUUAUAUUGCAGAGUGUUUUGUUUUACACAAUUACACUUGUUUCCUUUCUCUCUUUUUUACAUAUAAUAAUACGAAAAAAUAUUUUUCCAUAUAUAAAACAAUAUUUAAAAUAAUAUGAAAUAUUCGUUAUAUUAUCAUAAAUUGUGUACAUUUACUGCAUACGUUCCUGAAUAUUUUAUUUCUAAAGCCCGGUUUCACCAACGUUGUUCAAGCUUAGCUUAAUUUGUUCUUUGUCUCUUUCCAACUGUUACUUUAGAGAGAGACAAACAUGAAUUAAACUAAGAUUACAGUUAAGCGACGCUUGGUAAAAUCUGGUCUAAAUUACAUAUAUAAAUUGACUGAUUUAGAAAUGUAAAACUAUUUCUAUUUAUUUGCUUCUAUAAUGAGGUAUAUGUACGUUACAUUGCAACUAUAACAUAUCAAAUGCAAUGUACUUCAGUAAAAAGAAAAACUCAGUAAAAAAAAAGAGGAAAACUUAGUCCCCGCUGUUGUACUGUAAGUAUUUAAUUCUAUGAAGUCAUAACAAUGUAAACUCCUAUUCCUACAAUUUUGUCUGUUUGUAUGCUGUUUGUAUGAGUGCAUAUAUUGUAUAAAUUAUAAUUGAGAUACAAAUGUAUAAGUUGGCGAGGCUACUAUAAUAUAUACGAGUAUAACAUUGUGCAGAAAGCGAGCGCAUUUUAUGGACGUAGGUAUGCGUUAAUAGGCUUGUAUGUUAAUCGUGUUCCGCAAACUGACAUUUUCGUAAUGACAGAUGCAAUCGUCUGUGGUGCCCAGAAAGAUGAGAGGAACUUUUUUAAAGUAUCACAUAGAAUUUGCGAAUAUUCAGUUUUCUCCUUGAAGAGAAGAAGAGAAAAAGCGUUAAGGAGAGUGGUUGCUGAAAUAAAAAUGACAAAAAUAAAUUCAAAUUUAUAGAAAAUAUUCAUUUAUGGAAAUCUGUCCCCCAUGCGAUAGUUCAAGACGAUUGUCUACAUGGUUGUCGAAUAAUUAAUUAUUAAAGUUAUACUAUUGCACAUGGCCAUAGCAAAAGUAUUACGAUAUCUGUAAUUUACUUCUCGAAAGCAUGUUAAAAAUGAUAAGAACUUUAACAUGUAUAUAAUAUAUAUAAUAUACAUUAUUUUAAUAUAUAUAU